UAAAAGCAACAGUCGACUUGUAUUACAAUAAAAACAAAUCGUUGCAUUGCAUUGAAUCGCUUCGACACUAAUGCUCCGCUCACUGACUUGGCGAACUGAGCGUCAGUUGGUAGUGCACGCAGUCAAAUCCGUUUGUUUACAUUGCCUUAAUGGCCAGCAAUAGUAAUCAAGUUGUAGCUGUAAUUGCGGUCGUACACGAGUCUAUUUGGUGGUGUAAUUGACUCUCUUCAACGCUCUGCACGUACAACAACCCACAAGCAUGCAUAUUUAGCGAGCGCGUCGUAGUGCGCAUACACGGAGACAAAAGGAUUGGCGAAAGGCGCAAGGAUUUUCAAGCAUUUUUACAUGGAUUACAGUGCGAAGUGAACAACAGUGGCGACAACAAAUCGUUAAACAAUUUGCUUCUUGGAAAAAAUUAUAUUAAAAAUAUAGAAAGUGCGGGAUUAGCGCAAAAUAUGAAUAUGCAGUAAACAAAGUAAAUAAACCAAAAGAGAUUAAUAACUAAUUUAAAAAGUUUGUAUUUAAGGGUUGGCGUGUGUGUGGUGCUAACACAUUCAACAAUCAUUAGGAUAUUUAAAUGCAUCGCCAUGUUGCAGUAAUGCUUUUACUUUUGCAUAAAGUCAGUGAUUCCACACAGAGUAGUGAGCAAGCAAGUUUAUUUCAACUGGUACGUUGGUUUACUUAACAAAAAAGAUGGCAGCAGAAAAUUAUCACCUGAAAUGGGACUCUCAUUUGUCCUAUUUGAAUUCUUCGGUUGCCACACUUUACAAAAAUGAGAAGUUUGCCGACGUCGUGCUCUACAGUUCCAGCAGCAGUAGUGCCAGUGGAAAUAGCACAGAGAGCGGCAUACCAACAGUGGGUAUUUCAGCGCACAAAUUUAUACUCAGCUCGUGUAGUCAGUUUUUUGCAACGAUGUUCGAAACCGCACCAAUAUCCUCGCCCAACGGCGUGCUCUACAUAGUGCUUCCGCCGGAACUAAGCCACCGUGCAAUACAAAUACUAGUACAAUAUAUGUACAGUGGCGAGGCCACAGUCGCCAAUGAUAUACUGAAUGAAGUUUUGCGUGGCGGUGAGAUUUUGAAAAUCCGUGGCUUAUGUCGCACCUCCUCCUCCACAACGUCAACUAAUUCGCACAAUUCUUCAACGCGCGUCAACGAAUCACUAAUAGCUAACGGUGUUGGCACACACUACAUACAAAGUGCAGGCAAUCGUCAAGCCGCAUUACCAACUCUUACACAUUCGCAUAUGCCAAGUGGACAUGGUAGUGAUAUGUAUAUAGUCAACAAAUGUCCAAACGGUGGUGGUGGCAGUUGUGCACCACGUUACGCCAUGGAACAUUUGCAACAGCCUGUGACUCAAUCAGUGCCGACACAAACAACACACGCACAGCAAAUACAACAAACGCAUCACCAGUUCCGUGGCUUGGGUGCCUCCGUGUUGCCCAAGGAUAGUCCAGUGAUAGUCAAGUCACCGAAAUUGUCACAACUUGGACUACUCUCGGCUGCGGCGUCGAGUAGUAAGCAUAUUACAGGCGGCGGUAUAUCAGUGAACAAAGAAGUUGCUAUAGAUCCCGAUGAAAAGUGUUGCUAUCAAUUGAAUCAGCUGCAUGUAGCGUCGACUUUGUGCAACGAAAUUGGCUGCACGGGCGGCUGCCCCAUGUCCAUGGAGGAUGAACAGGUGAGGCGACGACAACGCAAUCAAAAUGAUGAAACUAUGCGCGCAACUGUGGUGGAGCAACAAUUGGAGCGUGAGUACACAGAUCGUACACGUCCACCACCGGAUGAAGAGGAACAUCGUAAUGAUAUUGAUAUGCCCAAUUAUGACAGACAUCUGCGGCGCAGCAGUGGAGGCAGCAAUGGCGAGCGUAUGCGUGAUUACUUCCUAACGGAUUCAUACGAACACUCCAACACAACAACCACGAAGAGUCAAUAUACAGAGCAGAUAAGUGGCAGUAGAUUGGCCAACACAUCACCCAUGCCACAUGCACAAACUUUCCUGGCCAUCAAACAAGAGCCAACCGACUGGACCACCACAACCACUUCCGCAACAGACAAUGCACAUGCCGAUUUAGCGUCACGUCCCCAAACGUCAUUGCGUUCACCCAAACAACCGUUAGAUUUUAAAAUGCCACCCGGUAGUGCAGCUGUCAAACUUGAAGUCGGCGCACAUACACAUAGUCCACACAGCGAACAGGACACAAACGCCCAAGAUGAUAGUGACUAUGAAGCACGUCUGGCUUGUGAAACAUGCAAACAAUCCUUUGAUGAACCCAAAUCUUGGGUGCGUCAUUUGGAGUCGCACACCGUUAACGCAACAACAACAACAACAGCGGAUACCGUAACGGUAAAUGUGGCUUGCGGUACAACGAAUAGCAUGAAUAGCACAAGCGCAAUCAACAGCAUGACCAAUGGCGGGGAGGCAUUAGUCAAGGCGUAUGUACCAAAAAAGCGGCGACGAGUAUCGCAGCAGGAGAACAACGCCGGUCAUGUUACGCUCUGCUGUGACUUGUGCUCAAUCUCCUUUGAGACCCCAGCAGACUGGGUGCGCCAUUUAAACAACGAACACACAGAAAUCGAGUUGGCCAUGUUCAACAGCAAAAAGGACAAUGAGCAGAAAAGUUCGGGCAACAACAACAACCACCAAAAUCUGCAGCAAUUGCACCUCAAACGUUAUACCCAUCGCUCAACGUAUGACCAGCCCGCCAAUGAAACACAACCGCUGGCAGUCACCUCAACGGCGCCAUCCACGUCAAGCUACACGGAGCGCACAGAUGCCUGCAGCAAAAAGUUUUCCACGCACAACAGCGUUUUGACGCACAAACGCGCCAAUCACAAUAGUGCACUCAACGGCGUCAGCGUGAGUGUGAGCACAAGCGUUGCGUCCACAUCGUCUGGUGCAGAUGUGAGCGUAAUUAGCAGUGUGGCCAGCAGUUUACCAAAUGAACAAAUAAGCACAUCGUCGCAAGCUUGAUACAGUCGCCGAUACCGCAAGGAAGCACAAAACGCUUGAAGGGAACGCUGUUUUCGGCUAGAGUUUGCAAGCAAGCAUGCACAAAACGCUUGAGCAGCCCAACGUUUUGCCAGAGUUGACAAGUGGAGUGAGAAUCGUUACCUAAGUCGUUCCAAAUCGAAACUAAUGAUGAAAUCAUACCAACCAAACUAUUUUAAUCAAAAUUUUUACAAAUAUAAAUGGCAUCAGGAGUACAGUUAAAAUGUUUUAAAAUAUAUAAACAAAAACAAAAACAAAAACAGAAAAAGAAAAACACAAACACUUUGGAGCACUUUGCAUCAACGAAGAUAUAUUUAUGUGUGUACGCAUGUUUAAAUUAACAGAUAAGGACUUCCGAAGGUGAAACUAUUGUGAAAACGCAUAAUUAAGAAAAUAAAAACAAAAAAACAAACAUUUAUAAAUAAUGCUGAACGAAAACACUUUCAGAUAACAGUGUAACAAGUGUAAUUCAAGUGUAAUAAGUGAACUAACGAAAAAAAAAACAACAACAAAACAACAAAAAUUAUAAUAACUAAUAUUUUUUUGUGUAUUAUACCAACUUACAAAGGCUCAUAAGUGUAUACACAUGCAUACAGUUAUAUUGUAAACGAAAAAGUUUUAAACUUUAUAAUAAGAUCAACACCAUUGAAUAUUUUAUUCGCAAAUAUGCAACAAUUUGUUACAUAUAAACUAAAAAACAAAAAAACUAAAAAUAUUAAUGAAUUGAUUCGAUGUUUAAAUUUAUUCAAUACUUACUAAAACAUAAGUAUGUCCAUACAUAAAAUUAUACAUAUGUGCAAGUAAACAAAAGUGUAUCUGCAGUUGUACAUAUGUACGUGUGUAAGUGCAAACAACUUGUAUGCAAAAUGUAUGUUUUUUUUUCAAUUUUCGCUCUCUCUAUGUGUGUAGUUGAUAAAAAAAAGUGUAAUAACAAUUGAAAACUCAUUCCAAAAACAACAAAUGAUAUUUACAUUUAUCGUGAUUUUACGUAUUUAACGAUUAAAUAAACAAAAGAAAAGUGAAUAUAUAUUAUAUUGUAUUUAGCUAUUUAAGCCGUUUAUGCAGCAAUGCAGUUUUAAAUAAAGUAUUUUUC